AUUUGUUUUGCCUGAAGGCACUUUUCGGCAUUCUUCUUUCCGUAAAGAGGCUAAAGCUACCUCGUGAUCAACCUCAGACCCACUUAUAGCCAAGUUCUCAAUGUGGUGUCCAACACAAGUGAGGAGGUCGGAGAGCAAAAGUUUAGCCCAAAACCGUUUGGACAUGGGCCGCGUGGUGCCAACUUCCCGGCUUUUGUCCGGAUCAACGCAGCUGCUACUGACGGUGCUGAUGCUGGCCACGGUAAACUGAACAAGGGUCAAAGCGUCCCAAGGCUUGAAUAAUCUGAGACUCAUUUGUUUGGAGAUCGCAAGAGUUGCAAAUGGUUGUCAGAUAUCAGGAGUGCAGGUCAGUGACAGGAGUGAAACAACGAUCACAGUCACGUGGACUGAGGUCAGCAUGGACGCAACCAGCUACGUCUUAGAAUUGAACGACCGGGUCACAUUCUCAAUCUCGUCCUUCACCGUCUAUGGGAGUGCCUCCAACUUCACAUUCACGGGACUGGUGCCAGGCAGAAACUACAGCAUCAGCGUAACUGUCAACUGCACUGGCGAAAGCUACGUCUCUGGCACCUUGUACGACAGCACAUUGACAAGUUACACCAUUGUAACCAUCAUCAACAAGACGAUGACGUCCAUUACAGUAUCUUGGAUGACUUCUCUCCCGAACGCAUAUUACUACUGGAUCUACAUGACAGAGACUAUAAGUGGAAGACAGAUUUACUAUUUGUUUUCAUUUUCAAACACAUACACAUUGACUAACCUGGUUCCUGGAAUGAACUACUCCGUGUAUGUGACGGCUUACAAUGGGACCUCCUCCCAAAUAUCAGAUGUCGUCAUGGACAGUACCUUGCCAAGUUACAUCAUUGUAACCAUCACCAACAAGACGAUGACGUCCAUUACAGUCUCUUGGAUGACUUCUUUCCCGAACACAUACCACUCGAUCUAUAUGACAGAGACUGAAAGUGGAAGAACGGUUUACAAUUUGUAUUCAUAUUCAAAUUCAGUCAUAUACACAUUUACUAACCUGGAUCCUGGAAAGAACUACUCCGUGUCUGUGACGGCAUACAACGGGUCCUCCCAAAUAUCAGCUGUCGUCAAGGACAGUACUUUGUCAAGUUACACCCUUGUAACCAUCACCAACAAGACUAUGACGUCCAUUACAAUCUCUUGUAUGACUUCUCUCCCGAACGCAUACUUCUACUGGAACUACAUGACAGAGACUAUAAGUGGAUACGUGAAUUACUAUUUAUAUUCAUAUUCAAACACAUACACAUUCACUAACCUGGUUCCUGGAAGGAACUACUCCGUGUCUGUGACGGCUUACCACGGGUCCUCCUCCCAAAUAUCAGAUGUCGUCAUGGACAGAACCUUGCCACCCAAAGUCAUUGUGAUCAUCAGUGGCAAGACUGAAACAACCAUGACUAUCUCAUGGACGGCUCCAUUUUCUGACAUAGACUACUACUCUGCUUACUUAAGAGACACUGCAACUUGGAAUCUGAUCGGAAACGAAAACUAUAGCUUUCCAACUACAAAAACAUUUUGGAAUUUGGUUGCGGACAGAAACUACUCUGUGUAUGUAGAGGCUCAUAGUGGGGCCAAUUCACAAUUGUCAGAUGUGGUCACAGGAAAAACCGAUGCCGUUCCAGUGCCAAGUUACACCAUUGUAACCAUCACCAACAAGACUAUGACGUCCAUUACAGUAUCCUGGAUAACUUCUCUCCCUAACGCGUACUACUACUUGAUCUACGUGACAGAGACUAUGAGUGGAAGACAGAUUUACAAUUCAUCGUCAAAUUCAAACACUUCCACAUUGACUAACCUGGUUCCUGCAAGGAACUACUCCGUGUCUGUGACGGCUUACAAUGGGUCCUCCUACCAAAUAUCAGAUGUCGUCAUGGACCGUACCUAUGCCGUUUCAGUGCUAAGUUACACCAUUGUAACCAUCACCAACAAGACUAUGACGUCCAUUACAGUCUCUUGGAUAACUUCUCUCGUGAACGUAUCCUACUACUGGAUCCACAUGACAGACACUAUAAGUGAAAGAGAGAAUUACUAUGACUAUCCAUAUUUAAGCACGUACACAUUCACUAACCUGGUUCCUGGAAGGAACUACUCCAUGUUUGUGACGGCUAACAACGGGUCCUCCUCCCAAAAAUCAGAUGUCGUCAUGGACACAACCUUGCCACUUUAUACCAUUGUAACCAUCACCAACAAGUCCAUGACGUCCAUUACAUUCUCUUGGAUGACUUCUCUCCCUAACGCGUACUACUACGAGAUCUACGUGGCAGAGACUAUAAGUGGAAAAAAGAAUCCCAUAGAAAAUCAAUAUUUAAACGUGCUCACAUUGACGGACCUGGUUCCUGGAAGGAACUACUCCGUGUCUGUGACGGCUAACAACGGGUCCUCCUCCCAAAGAUCAGAUGUCGUCAUGGACAGAACCUUGCCACCUAAAGUGAAUGCCUCAGUGCUUGCAAAGACCACGACAACCAUGACCAUCUCAUGGCCCACCAAUCCUUGGGAUGUGGACUACUUCAUUGUCAUCUUAAAUGAAACUAAUACUUCCGUAAUUCACACCCUCAAUGUAUCAUCUAGCCCUGCGACAUUUACGUAUCUGGUACCUGGCAGCAAUUACAGUGCAUCUGUAGUAUCUCACAGCGGGAGAAAUGCCACACCAUCAGACAUAAUCUCAGACAGAACAUAUCCAGCAACUGUCAGAGACUUUUAUUGCUUCAAGUAUUCCACGGAGAAUAUUUCCUGCAGUUGGUCUCUCCCCAUUGGCGUGUGGAGCUUGCUGUACCUGGAAGUGAUUAAUGGCAAUACUCUAUUGCAGACUGUGAGCAUUUCAAAUGAAGAGCCCUUUUUCAUAACCAUAUAUCCUGUGGGCGAUCCGAUUGUAGAGCAACAAGGAUUAGGAACUACCAAUAGAACAUUUGCCAUGCUUGGACGUCUGAAUCCGAACACUGAAUAUCAAGUCAAUAUUACCACCCACUCACGAGAUCUGUACAGUGAAACUAUACAAGGAAACGCAAAUACCUACGUAGGCGCUCCUCCACUUGUUCCGAACACGGUGGUCAUCACAACGGUGCAGAACCAGGUGACACUGAGCAGCCUGACCGUCUCCUUCAGCUGCAGCUGGUUCCAGAACACAAACGGCGACCUCAAGUAUUACACGGUCAUCGUCAAGCAGUCUGAGGGAACCCAAGUCGAGAGUCCAGAGAAGAGGUGGCCAAUGAGCAGGUACUAUGAUAAUGGCAGCACGGACGCGUACCAGGUGGAGGAUCGCGUCUACCCGUCUGAGUGCUCCAACUCCAACUCCACCGCCAACGUCCAAAUUGGCACCGGUAGAUCGAACGGCAAUUUCUAUGAUGCACCCUUGAAGCAAAACACUUCGUACAGGCUCAGUUUCCGCGUCUACACGUACCUUCCAAAUGCACGCUCCAUCCGCGCUGGAGGGGUAGCCAUCUACACGGACACACUCUUCUCUCCACCGCUUAGGACCUUAGCAGGUGGCAUUGAGAGCUCGGUAAGCAUCGUUGGCCCUGUGGUGGGAGGUUUGCUGGGAGCGUUGGUGAUCAUUGUUGGAGGGGUCUUACUCUACAUACGCCGGGAGCAGUUGAACUGUUUCAAGAGACCCGAUUCCACACAAACUAGCACAAGAAAAUGGGACGAUCUCCCAGCUAUACCAAGUGACAUGAAGAAGGAUGUUUGUGAUGCAAGUCAUGAGGCCGGCAAUGAAUACGUGAUUCCUGACGACUCCGUUUAUGAAGAUCUGGAUAAUCGUACACCCCAAGAGGUCCACCACUCAGGUACAUCAUCGAAGGCAGGAGAAGAUGAUGCCAAGACCGAGGGCAGUUCCGAUCCCACCUAUCUCGUUCCCAACAAUGCAUACGUCAAUGUGAAAUAGCCAUUCAAGUCACUUUCCACCUUCUUCUGUUUGAUCUAAAAAAAACAUCUCAAAUCUACUGACUUAAAAAAAAUUAAGCAGACUUUUCCUCUGCUGGGUUCAUGCCAAGGUCAAUCUUACCUCGUUCUCAAGGUUAAUUAAUCCAUGCCAGGUACAAAUUGACUAGGUGUGAUGUUAUGCCACCAGCAGGCAGAAAUUGCACGUCUUUGAGAACAGAUGUUGCUCUUGCAAAAACAGCUGGUAUUCAAGGCCUCAAAUGGACUUGCUUCUGCCUAUAUUCAUGACCUCCUUCAGUCAUAUAUUCCAUUGAGAUCAUUAAGAUCGUCAGAUUCAGCAUUGCUCACUGUCCCAAAGUCUAGGCUUCGCACUUGGGGGUGAUGGCGCCUUUGCAAUUGCGGCUCCUAAACUCUGGAACUCGUUGCCCUUCGAGGUCAAGGGGAUGUCCAAGAUGCUUCAAAUCUUCAAAUCUUGACUAAAAACAUAUCUUGUUUAAAAUCGCUUUCUCUCGUUACUUAAUUUCAAAGUCUUUCUUCCUUCUUCUUACCUUGGUUGAUGUUAACUAUUUCUGCCUUUUCGUGCAUAGCGCCCUGAGAACGAUUGUUAAAGGGCACUCUAUGAAAUUGUAAUUAUUAUAGGUCUCUGGACGAGUCUAAGGGUACUUAUGCAAGUGUAAUGGUCUCAGUGGAAAUCUAUAAAUAAGUCUUCUCAUGGCUGAUGUAGGUGUAGAGUAACAACUAUAAUUUUACAUUCAGGUGGUCGAUCCAGAUGACUGCGUCAUAUCUAGAGGAUAGUACUGCUCUGAUGAUGCCUCCCUCCUUCACAUUUGUGAAUUGGGCAUUGAGACGUCAUACCUUCUAUGGUCUACUCUGGGUAACCACAGGUACAUUACUACUAUAUAAUUUUUAUGUUUCUUUUCAUUUAUGCUUCAAGUAACCGCAUCUGCCAUAUUUUGUGUGGAUUAGAUUUCGGGUUGUGCACAUAAUUUCCGUGGAAGAUCGAUCAAAGCCAUGGAUUGUCUGCAUCGGGUCCACAUUCUGGGUAAAGGUAGAGACGGCUGGCCCCGACAAAACAAAGCCAUGGAUAAUGCCAAAUAUAAGUGUGAUAUAAAUAUAUGUAUUAUUUACCUACAUAGACUAUAAAUUUCGAUUUAAAGCUUUCGUGACUGCAGGGAUUCAUCUUCUUGGUUCUUUCGGCUGCUUGCGUUGUGGCCGAAACGUCGUGAGAAUUGUUUUAUUAUGUUUUAUUUUUAUUAUUUUAUUACAUAGACUAUAUAGGGGUGAAUCUAUAAAAUGUGUUAAUUUGUUGUUUGUCUUUCAUAUAAUCGGUUGACUGUCGGGACUCAUUUGUUGUCACAUUGUGACGAUCGAGUCACGGACACGCAGGAUGAAAGACUGAGAUACUAAGCAAACGUGCAUGAAAUAAUAUAAUUUUCACAAGCACGGUAAAUGCCAAACCUGACCCCUUUGCAAAUUUCGCGUUAAAAUGUAUUAAUAUUACCAAUUGUAUGGGUAAAGGUACUCUUGUAACAUGGAUGGUGCGCCACCAUAUCUGCAUGUAUAAUUCGUUUUGAUUUUUAUUUACUAUAUAAUGUAUAUUUAUCCACUUUAUAAGACAAUGUAAUCGAUAUGUAUCCACUACAUAAUACAACUGGUUUAAAGUUAACCUGCAGGUUUAGUUAUCAUACAUGAAAGUAAAGGGAAAUAAAUUAAAGAUCUUACAUUUUCAUACCCAUUUGUUCCAUUAAAAAUGUUACUUUAUGAUGAAACUUUAUCAUUCGUUAUGACAGGUACUUAGCUUUAUCAGGAGCAUCUGAUUUCAUAAUCUUCAAACUUUACCGACACCCGCAUCAAUGUACUCAUAUUUUUCACAAACACUUCAGCAUGAGACAUGCAAGGACGGAUUGUCGAGCAAAUUUUCUGUAAGUUUCAGCUGCUAUCAAAGUGUUCAUAAGAAAGUUUACUACAAGAGGUCGCUAUCAAGAGAACAUUACACGCAGUUUGAUGCCAUACAGCAAACCCUUCCCUCUCGCGGGUUUAGCCAUCUUGGUUUUUCGGCAAAUGUAUCGAGGUGUAGAGUUCGCCAAUUGCGCCCUCCUCUGACAGCUUGACCAUUCGCGGUUUACCCCGCGAGAUUGCUGCUGUACAGCUUCGGCGCUGCACUGCUCGUAAUAAUGUUGCUGCUGUAGCACAGCGGCCAUCUCGUCUCCGUCUCAUCUUUCAGGCCACGUGGUGGUGCUCCCAGCCAGCUUCCAGUGAGGAGAAAGCAAGGAUUCAGCCACCCGCAAUCUUUUGCCCUGUAGUGUGCAGUACCGUACGCCGAUACGUGCUCAGUACCGCGCGUCGAUACGUGUACAGUAUUGUAAACCACAUUUUUUUCAUUCAAUACAUUAACCGUGCAAGGUAUAUUUAAACACAAUAUUAAUAUUUUACAUUAAAUCUACUUCUUGUGUAAUGCUUCGAUUGAUGUCGGGUAACAUAAGAUAAACAGAGGGUGUCGUAUUACAAAAUAUGAAUUAUUAUACUCCAGGAGGAAUAUGAUAACCUAUAAGGCUGAUUUUAACAGAUGUCCCAUUAGGGGGAAAGGGUUCAGAACGUUACAACAACACAAUAAACACAAACAUGAUGGAGGUUAACAGAACUGCGAAACAAACCCUCGUUUUCCCAUAAGCCUUUUGAGUUAGCAGAUCGUGGAUUAUCCGAUUGCCGUUCUUUUCAAGAAAGUAACCCCCGCCCCCUUCUGCCACGAUGGGCAAAUGAUUUUCUGUACUCUGACGGAUUUUCUCAUCAGGCGAUGUAAUUCGACGCACGAGUUUCCACAUGGUACAACUCAUCGCUCGCAAUCUUAGCAGCAAUCCGUUGUCAUUUUUUUAAAGAUUAUCUCCAUGGAAUAAACACCUUUUAAAUAAAGUGUAUAACC